CGGUCGCUUUCAAAUCUUGAAACAGUGAAAUCAACACUGUGGAGAAAUUGCCUUUCUUACUGUUUAAUCAUUACAAACAGGAACAGGUGAGGUUAGUUUUUAUAGAUGGACUACUUUAAUGCAGUGGUUACGCUCAUGACCACAUACGUAGGCAGUGACUUCAUACUCAUUUUUCAGUGCAAGUCCAGCGGCCGCCGCUCCUGUGUAAGAACGGAUACAUCGCCAAGAAAACGAAUAUACUGUCAUCUAGUAGCGCCGUAUAAAAAUACAGACAUGUAAGGAAACGUAUUUUAUGUCUGUGUUUGUUAAUAGACUGCUCUGUUUCGGAUGAGCCGCGGUUGAAUUACGUUUUUCUCCCCCAAAGACUCCGUGCGUUCACUUACUAUCAUACUGCUUUAAAAUGAAGGUGGGCUGUAUCAGAUAAUGAUGAUGAUGAUGGACACACGAUCGAUUACAGAAGCACUCCACCAAGGUGGCUGCAAUGGCAGAGGCAGCAGAUACUGUGAUCAUCAUGUACUCCUUCCAUACAGCUGAAUAAUGUUGAAAUUGAUGACUGUGGGACCCUUAUAAAUUGUUAGAAAUACAAUGAACUCCACUGUUACACCAUCAGACCUGGUGGAUGUGCCAAGACAUCAGACCCUCAAUGGCACCCUGGGCACACAGACCCCGUCAGGUUGGGCUGUGAUUCACACCGCAACCUUGACCUUUUGCUCUCUGCUCCUCAUCUUCAUCUUCUGCCUGGGCUCUUACGGCAAUCUCGUGGUGUUUCUGUCAUUUUUCGACCCGGCGUUUCGCAAAUUCCGGACCAACUUUGACUUCAUGAUCCUCAACCUAUCCUUCUGUGACUUAUUCAUUUGCUGUGUGACUGCUCCCAUGUUUGCCCUGGUGCUCUUCUUGGAUGCAGGUGGAGGGGAUGGUGUAUCAAAGAGUUUCUGCUUUGCCUUCCACUUGACCAGCUCGGGUUUCAUCAUCAUGUCCCUGGAGACGGUGGCUGUCAUUGCUUUGCACAGACUGCGAAUGGUUUUGGGGCAGCAGCCCAACCGCACCGCCUCCUUACCCCGCACACUGGCCCUCACUGCCCUGCUGUGGACAUCCAGCUUCACCAUGGCUGCCCUCCUUACUAUGCGAGCAUACCCACGCAGAGAUGGACCCUGCCUGCCCCACUUUGGCCUGGGAGGUGGUCAGGCCAGGGUUGUGUUGUAUGUCUACCUGGCAGACUUUGCCUUUUGUGUAGCUGUGGUGUCUGUAUCCUAUCUGAUGAUUGCUCAAACACUGAGGAAGAAUGCACAAGUGAGGAAAUGUCCCAUCAUUUCGGUAGAUGCCACAUGCCCUCCACCCCCGCCACCUCUCAUUGCAGCAGGCUUUGAGAGCAUGCAGUGUGCUGUUCAAGGCCCCUCUCUCUACCGUAACCAGACUUACAACAAACUGCAGAAUGUUCAGACACACUCGUAUGCCAACAGGACCAGCCAGCCUCUGGUUCCAGGGGCUGCGCAAGGAGCCACCUGCUGUCAGCUGGUGUCUACAGUUAACUUGGCCACAGCCAAAGACUCUAAGGCAGUUGUCACUUGUGUUGUUAUAGUGUUCUCUGUGUUGCUCUGUUGCUUGCCAAUGGGAGUUUCACUGGCACAGGAUGUUUUGUCCCCAGAAAGUAGCUUUGCACAUUACCAGUAUGAACUGUGCGGCUUUGUGCUAAUUUUUCUCAAGUCGGGCAUCAAUCCCUUUGUGUACUCACGCAACAGCGCAGGCCUCCGCCGUCGUGUGCUGUGCUGCAUUCAGUGGGCGGCGCUGGGCUUACUCUGUUGCAAGCAAAAGACUCGCCUGCAUGCGAUGGGGAAGGGCAGCCUGGAAGUCAAUCGCAAUAAAUCCUCCCAUCAUGAGACCAACUCAGCCUAUGUACUGUCACCCAAGCCACAGAGGAGGCUGGUGGACCAGGCUUGUGGGCCCAGUCACUCCAGGGACUGUGCUGGUAGUCCAAGGGCCACAGGUGUGCGCAAACCUCGCCCUCCCAGUACCUCUACACCUAUCAACACCCGCAUUGAGCCCUACUACAGUAUAUACAACAGUAGUCCCUCUGCAGGGCCCAGCUCCCCCACCAGCCUGCAGCCUGUCAGCUCUCAGACAUUUGCCUUUGCCAAGUCAUAUGUAGCCAUGCACUAUCACACUCACCAGGACGCACUACAAGACUUUGAAAGCACCUCAGUGCACCAGAUUCCCAUCCCCUCGGUCUAAUCAAAGAGCUGCCAAACAGACAGUUUUGCCAUGGCUUUAAAUCAAAUGUGAACACAGCCCGUUUUAUGUAUUUGGGAUCAGUAUUAAUCUCUUGUUCUCUUUUACAGUGGAAGUGCAUGUUAAGUUUUCUUGAGUGGAAAAAUCAAAGAACCAGUCAUAAGCUUUGCCGUGGAAACUAAAAACAAGCAAGAGAUUUGUAAUGAAAGUGUUUGUUCCAAAAAGUUAUUCACCGUUAUUGAAUGACCUUACUUUUUUCUUUUACAGAUGCUGCAUUUUCACAUAAAUGUGCCCCUGUGUUGCACGCACACGUGCCAUUUAUAACCCAAGACUGUAGUUUUUCAUUGCAGCCCACAGACUGCAGCUGCUGGUUUCUCUGCUGCCUCCUCUCUGGCUGAAGUUGCUGAGCUCUGACAUCAGCUGUUGUAGUGUGGAGCUGCUGUGAAACCCAGCACAGGCCCACACAUGGCUGUCGACGGCAUGUGGUUGCACUUUGAUGGAUUUUUGCUUCUUAAGAAAAAUGUAUUUGUGAACCUCAUAAACUUUUUAAAACAAUAAAUGUUUGGCAAGUGCAGUGGAUCUGUGCUAUCACUGUUUAAUUGGCAUUUUAUGGCUCUCCACAAAUACUAUAUUUUUUUCUUCUUAUAUUUGUUUUCAUAUGAAGGCAUUUGAACUGCAAAUCUGCCUUAGAAAGUAUUUCAGAAUAUAUUCAUGUUUAGAUUUUUUUAGAAGUGUCGACCUGGUAUUUUUUACUUGAUGUAGUGAAGUUGCAGAUGAAGCUUUGCAGAGUUUCACAAACCCUCAGCUCAGAGACAGUGUGCUCUUUCUUAAAACAAAAAAUGACUGAUGUUGAUGAUUGGGGAUAUAAAUAACUGAAGUGGCUACUGUUCAACACCUCAGUGUAAAUAUGACUUCGAAUUUCAAUGAUUCAGGUCCAGUUGUUUAAAUGAGAAAAAGGGUUUUUCAAGUGAAGAAAAUAUGACAUGCAUAGCAUUAGCACCCUCUGGUGGUCAUACAUUUACCAUAGCAACUUACUCAAGUGGAUGUCCUUCAGAUGUCUGUGUUUUUAAAAAGUGAGGUUACUUAAUAAAAAUUCAAAAUAAAAAUUAUAUUUCUGAAUCAUGACAAUGAACUGAAUAUCUCCAUAAUUAUCAAGCAAAGACAUUUGUUGCUAAAAUGUACUUAUCCUAGAGAAGUCUAUUUUUUCGUUUGGUAAUUCAAUAUUCUUAAUGAGCUUUCAUGUUUUAGUUUUAUUUUUUCUUGCAAAUGCAUUGGUUUUUAUUUCCGUGAUACAGCAGUGAUCAGGAUCCCAGUGUGCAUUUUCAUACAACCACAGAAUACCUCUUAUGGGAGCCCAAGGACAUUCGGUAUAUCCUACAAACUUAUAUCAAAUUUUAAUCAACCACACACUUCUGUUGCUAUUCCACAACAUCUUCUAAUGCAUAAGUUACACUCACUCAUCCUGUAAAUCAACACAGCAAACAUUCAAACUGCUCCAAAAAAAAAAAAAAAAAACUUUUUCAGACCUACUUUUUCUCAUAUCUACAAGUGCCACAGUCAAACAGCUACUCAAUUCAUAUCGCACACACGCGCAAGCACACACACACACACACACACACACACACAAAUACA